AUGGAUCCCAUGGACCCCAGCCAUCUCAACCCUCACUUCAACGCCCUGGACAUCAUCCUCGGCUACCUCAACCGCGGCAACUCCGCCCCCGAAAUCAGAUACAUCUCCUCCGUCGCAACGGCCUGGUGCCAGCAAUACCACCACUCCCUGCUCGACUACACCCCGGCAAGUCUCGACGAGGUCCUCUGCACUCAUCCCUUCCUGUUCGAUCUGAGCAUCCGCUCCUUUGCCCGCCUCUUCUCAUUCAACGACCUUGCAAGAAACGACUUUGCGAGCAGUAGAUUUGCACGAGAUGAUAACCUCCGUCAACAACAUCCCACUAGGCUAACCUCCUCCCUCUCCCACAUCAGACCCUUCAUCACCGCCCAGCAAUUCUUCGUCACCAUGAUCGACGCCUACACGCUGCACGUAGGAGGAAACGGUAGGUGGUUCCACGACCGCGUCGUCGCCCAGGACCUCAAGACCUCGCCCAUCAUCCACUACAUCCCCGAAGUCAUCCACCGCAUCGCCGCGCUUAAUGUCCGCGAGCUGCUCACCAGUGAGUUUUCGACUUUUAGCCCAAAGACCAGUCUGGGCUUCUCAUACCAUCUCGCAAAGGGGAUGGACAUUGUCAUGAUGGAUGCUCCCCCCGUCAACGCCAGCGAAAGCGAUGCUCUUGUAGAGUUGAUGGAUGUUGAUGGUGGCAGCGACGUUACCCAAGAAACACCUAUUCCGCGACAUGCAUUUGCUAAUAAUAACAAUUCUCGUGCGAGUGCACAAUCAUCGAGGCGGAAGUCUUCAUCCAAGGGCACCAAGAGGAAUCGCCAUAGUCACCCUGGCCGUAGACAGCCUUGGAGUGGGAAGAAGAAGAGGAAGAAGAGGCAUUAA